CACAAUGCUAGGCGCACGGAGACCAAACACGGUGGACGGGCCUCGCGAAUCCGUUUAAAUGCUCCGUUUACCGCGCAGCUAGCGGCGAAUGAGCGCCGUUGUCUUUUUUUUUUUGGUUCUGUAAGCCCGGUGAAGAAAGUUCCCGCUGCUCUCCCGGCGUCAUGGGCGGUCCUCCCAGGCUGCUGCUGGCCGGCCUCAUGGCGCUCUGCUCCGCCGCGGCGUCGGCUCAGGUGGAUGGAGCUCCGCCCUCUAAAAUAGCGGUGGUGGGGGCCGGCAUCGGGGGCAGCGCCACCGCCCAUUUCCUGCGUCAGCACUUUGGCCCCGAGGUGCAAGUGGACGUGUACGAGAAGGGCGAGGUCGGAGGUCGCCUGGCCACGGUCACGGUCAACCACAACGACUACGAGUCGGGAGGUUCCAUCAUUCACUCGCUCAACCUCCACAUGCAGGACUUUGUCAAGCAGCUGGGCCUGAAGUACCGCCGCAGCGUGGCGGGGAAGACGGCGGUGUUCAACAGCGAGGAGGUGAUCCUGGAGGAGACCGACUGGUACCUGCUGGACCUCUCCCGCUUGUGGUGGCGCUACGGCAUCAGCUUCAUCCGCCUGCAGAUGUGGGUGGAGGAGAUCAUGGAGAAGUUCAUGAGGAUCUACAAGUACCAGGCCCACGGCUACGCCUUCAGCUCUGUGGAGGAGCUCCUGGACUCUCUGGGGGGGAGUGGCUUCAUCAACAUGACGCGCAAGCCGCUCUCCGAUUCGCUGCUGGAGCUGGGCGUGUCUCAGCGCUUCAUCGACGAGGUCAUCGCGCCCAUCAUGAGGGUCAACUAUUGCCAGAAUGUCAGCAUUCCCGCCUUCGUAGGCGCCGUGUCCUUGGCGAGCGCUCAGAACAACCUGUGGGCGGUGGAGGGCGGGAACAAGCUGGUGUGUUCGGGCCUUCUGAGGAUGGCCAACGCCAACCUGCUGUCAGCGCACGUCACGUCUGUGGAGCCGCUGCACUCUGCAGGGGACACCCUUCAGUACCGACUGAGCUUCACAGGGGCGGGGGAGACCAGGUCGGAGUUGUACGACAUCGUUGUCCUGGCGACGCCGCUCCAGGACAGCGUGGGCUCGGGGAUUUCUUUCCGAGGCUUCGCGCAACCGAUGGAUCAGCCGGCGGGCGACUAUCACAGCACGGUGGCCACCGUCGUCCACGGUUACCUCAACACUUCACUCUUUGGCUUCCCGGACCCCCGCCUCUUCCCCUACGCCUGCGUCCUGACCACGGAGGCACCCGGCCUGUUCUUCAACAGCGUGGCCAGCGUCUGUCCCGUCAACAUCUCGCUGGGCUUCAGGCGGAAACAAGCGCAAGAGGCGGGCGUCUAUAAAGUCUUUUCCCUGCAGCCGCUGACCAAAGCUCAGCUGAAGACGCUCUUCAGGUCCUACUACUCGGUGCAGGUGACGGAGUGGCAGGCGUACCCUCGCUACGGCAGCAGCCCCUCCCUGCCCCCCGUGGAACUGCAGCCCAACCUCUACUACCUCAAUGGCAUCGAGUGGGUCGGCAGCGCCAUGGAGAUGAGCUCGGUGGCGGCCAAGAACAUCGCUCUGCUGGCGUACCACCGCUGGAACCGACAAGCCGACAUGGUGGACCAGAAGGACCUCAUGCACAGCGUCAAGACUGAACUUUGACCUCCAGCAGGACACUUUGCAAAACUCCAUCAAGGAGGUACAGAAGUGAUAUUCCAGUAAUCCAAUACUCCAGUAAUCUAUUACUCCAGUAGUCCAUUACUUGAGUGGUUUAUUGCCCCAGUAAUCUCUUACUCCAGUAGUCCAAUACUCCAGUAAUCCAUUACUUGAGUGGUUUAUUGCCCCAGUAAUCUAUUACUCCAGUAGUCCAAUUACUUGAGUGGUUUAUUGCCUCAGUAAUCUAUUACUCCAGUAGUCAAAAACUCCAGUGAUCCAUUUUUCUACUGGUCCAUUACUCGAGUAGUUUAUUAUUUCAGUAUUCCAUUACACGAGUGGUCCAUUACUUCAGUACUCUAGUAGUUUAUUAUUUCAGUAUUCCAUUACACGAGUGGUCCAUUACUUCAGUAGUCUAUUACUCUAGUAGUUUAUUAUUUCAGUAUUCCAUUACACGAGUGGUCCAUUACUUCAGUAGUCUAUUACUCUAGUAGUUUAUUAUUUCAGUAUUCCAUUACACGAGUGGUCCAUUACUUCAGUAGUCUAUUACUCUUAUAGAUUAUUAUUUCAGUAUUCCAUUACACGAGUGGUCCAUUACUUCAGUAGUCUAUUACUCUAGUAGUUUAUUAUAUCAGUAUUCCAUUACACGAGUGGUCCAUUACUUCAGUACUCUAGUAGUUUAUUAUUUCAGUAUUCCAUUACAUGAGUGGUCCAUUACUACAGUAGUCUAUUACUCUAGUAGAUUAUUAUUUCAGUAUUCCAUUACACGAGUGGUCCAUUACUAUAGUAGUCUAUUACUCUAGUAGUUUAUUAUUUCAGUAUUCCAUUACAUGAGUGGUCCAUUACUUCAGUAGUCCGUUACUGCAGUGCUCCAGUAUGUCAAUAGUUCAUUACUCAAGUAAUCCAUUACUCCUUAAUGGUUCAUUACUCCAAAAUUACAUUACUAUAGUAGUCCAUUACUCCAGUGCUCUGUUAGUCUAUAACUUUAGUAUUCUAUUACUCCAGUGAUCCCCUGUACCAGUAGUUCAAUACUCCAGUAAUCCAUUACUAUAGUAGUCCAUUACGCCUGUCCUCACGUCCGCUUUUCAUCCAUACCAACAGCCAUACAAGUCACACUGAGGAUGGUCGCAUAAACAACUUUAACACUGUUACAAAUAUGCGCCACACUGUGAAUCCACACCAAACAAGAAUGACCAACACAUUUCGGGAGAACAUCCGCACCGUAACACAACAUAAACACAACACAACAAAUACCCAGAAACCCCUUGCAGCACUAACUCUUCCGGGACGCUACAAUAUACACCCCCCCCCGCUACCACCAAACCCCGCCCACCUGAGCCCCGACAUUAACGAUCUAGCAUCCCAGAAAAGAUGGCAGGUAUCUGGUUUGGGCACAUCAGAUUAGAUUAGAUUAGAUUAGAUUUAAAGUCCUGAAUGGUUGGUUUAUUCAUUGUUAUUUUAUUUUCAAAUGUAUUAGCCUGUGGAAAAAGUUAAUGUUGAUAUUUACCUCAGAAGGCUGCAAAUAGAAAAGAGGCAUUCCAUUUUUUUAUUAAAAUGUUAUUUAAUAGACCAUUGAUGUUUUUUCGUUUGUUUUUUGAAAGUUGAUUUUGCACUAUUAAGUUAUAUAAGCGUUGCUUGUUCCAUAUUCAGUGUUAAAGCAAAUCAGUGUAGCAAACUGACAGUGUUUCCCACACAUUCAUUUAUUUGUGGCGGCCCGCCACGAAAGAAUUACGUCCAACACAAAUAAAAAAAAUAAAAAAAAUUUUUUAUUUUAUUUUAUUUUUAUUUUUUUUGGGUCCUGUCCAGCUUCUCAGGCAAAUCAUAUAGUUCAGUGGUCCCCAACCACCGGGCCGCGGACCGAUUGGU